AUGUCCGGUAAAGUUGUUAAUGUUGCGGCCUUGGGCGCUGGUGUGAUUGGAUCUGCCUUUUUGAACCAAUUGGUUGCAAUGAAAUCUCCAAUCACUUAUAAUCUUAUUUUGAUUGGUACUGGUGAUAAUUCUGUGCACUCGAGGGAUUUCAAGCCAUUGGACGUAUCAAAGGGCUGGAAUUCACUUGUAGCAGAGUCGAAAGAUCAGCCAUUGUCAGCUGAUGCUCUACUAGAGUAUUUGAAAAAGUCACCAAUUCCAGUAAUUCUUGUUGACAACACUUCGAGCGCUCAAAUUUCCAGUUAUUAUCCAAAAUUUGUCUCUAGCGGUAUUUCAAUCGCUACACCAAAUAAAAAAGCAUUCUCAUCAGAUUUAAAUCUGUGGAAUGAAAUCUUCGCUGGUAAACCUACCGACGGAUUAGUAUACCAUGAAGCUACUGUGGGUGCAGGUCUACCUAUUAUAGGUACUUUAAGGGAUUUGAUUCAAACUGGCGAUGAAGUGGAAAAAAUUGAAGGUAUCUUCUCUGGUACUUUAUCUUACAUUUUUAAUGAGUUUUCAACAACCCAAGCUAACACUGUUAAAUUUUCAGAUGUUGUUAAAGUUGCUAAGAAAUUAGGUUACACGGAACCAGACCCAAGAGAUGAUCUGAAUGGUCUAGAUGUUGCAAGAAAAGUCACUAUUUUGGCAAGAAUUAGUGGUUUGAAGGUUGAAUCGCCAACUUCUUUCCCAGUUGAGUCUUUGAUUCCAAAGCCUCUAGAAAACGUUGCUUCUGUAACUGAAUUUAUGGAGAAACUACCAGCAUAUGAUGCUGAUCUAACUAAAUUGAAGGAAGAGGCAGCCGCAGAAAAUAAGGUCUUGAGAUUCAUUGGUAAGGUCGACUUUGCUUCCAACAGUGUCACCGUUGGUAUUGAAAAGUAUGAUGCUUCCCAUCCAUUUGCUUCUUUGAAGGGCUCUGACAAUGUGAUUUCUAUUAAAACUAAGCGUUACACUAAUCCAAUGGUUAUUCAAGGUGCCGGUGCCGGUGCCGAUGUUACUGCUGCGGGAGUUCUUGCUGAUGCAAUUAAAAUUGCUCAAAGACUAUAG